AUGGUAUCCUCAAAGACUUUGUUUGUUACUUGUGGUGCUACUGUACCUUUCCCACAAUUAGUUGAAAGUUUGAUCACACUUGAAUUUAUCAAUUGUUUGAUUUUAAAUGGUUUUAAUAAUUUAAUAGUACAAUUUGGUAAAGGUUAUAACGAUCAAUUUACUAAAUUAUUGAAAAAUUUAGGCAAUGUUAGUUUUGAUCAAAAAUUAAAUUCAUUGGAUUUAAAUGAUAUUCAAUGUUUUGCUAAUUUUAAAGAUAACAAUAGCAAUAAAACUUUAAACAUCUAUGGUUUUGAUUUUUUAUCAGACAUUCAAAGUGUAAUUAAACAAAAUGCUGAUCUAGUAAUUUCUCAUGCUGGCACAGGUUCGAUUUUAGAUUCUUUACGUUUAAAUAAACCGCUUAUCGUUUGCGUUAAUACAAAUUUAAUGGAUAAUCAUCAACAACAAAUUGCGGACAAAUUCGCAUCGAUGAAUUACGUUUUCUCUACCAAGCCAACCGUUGAUAGUUUAAUGAAUUCUUUGAAUGCUUCCCAAUCUCAUACUUUAGAUGAAUUUCCUUCUGCUCAUAACACUCCAUUUGAAAAUUUCUUAAUAGAUGUGUCAUUGAGAUAA